GAUGAGUAGAUAAAGUUGUCAUUGAGCGAUAAUGAAUUGUAAUUCAAAAUUUUAGGUAUAUAAUAAUUGAUCGAGAAAGUUUUGGUUGAAAGGGCAAAAAAUAUAAAAAAAUAGUCGAUACGUUUUUACGAGAGAAGCGAUUAUCUUGAUUUCCUUCAUACACGUCUGAGUGUUAAUUUGCAGAUAAGAAGACCGCGUCAAUUAUUCCGGAUAUUCUGGCGCGUUAAAAUCACUUAUAGGCGGAGUUCUGCCAAACAUUCAUUUAAUAAUACCCGGGCACACUUGAAAAUGCUGAUGCAAAGACUGCCAGCUUACAGACCACAAUGCUGUAUUACGCCAUUGGCGGUGGCCGCGGAGCAAAUGUGUUUCUUUCCUGAGCUUCGGCAACAAUAUUCCAAACUGCUUCAACGUUACCAUUGCAUGGUAACUAAUAAUAGACGUAUAUGGGCAUUGGCGGAGCCAAAACAUCAAACUGGAAAGUAUCGGGCGCCUUGUUUUUGUCCAGAGAUUGGAAAUCGUAAAGUAGAAAUUGUGCGUGAAGAUACCCCAUCACGCACGCGUACUGAGCAAUUGUCUUUUCCGGCGGUGACGCGCCUUAUGGAUCUAAAAGCGAGUGACUACUUCAAAGGUUUUAGCAAUCAGCGUAAAUCCAUCGUCAAUAGAAUGCUACGCAAGAGUAUGCUAUCCUUGUAUAGUCGCUUAUCGAACAAGCAGUCACAACCAAAGAAAGAGGAAUCUAAAAAACUAACUGUAGCCGAAAACAUAGAAAGGCAAGAACGCAUGAAAAGGCUAGCAAAACCCAAGCCGGAUAGGAGCAAACCAGAAGAGAAGAAGGAUAGGUCGAAAAAAGAAAAGGGGAAACCAGUGAAACAACAAAUACAAACGAAGGGGUUUGGAUUUAUGGGAAAGGAUAAGGGAUCACCUUCGCGGCGUUAUAAAAAAUUGGCUACGCCAAAGCAAUACGAAUACGAUGAACCCAAAGAAUGGACACUCACAAACAAUCUGAAAUUUUACACACCUUCGGAGAGGAUUUUAAACAUUUCAAAGCCGCGUAUUUAUGAAGCCUUUGACGCGGAAGGGGCAUUUCGAGUUAAGGAAAGUGCGCUUAGCUACCAAGCCUCUGAACGCAUUAAAGAACUGGCUUUGCCACCAAUUUAUCAUCAAUAUAAGGCAGAAGUUAAGGAGGAUCCAUUUAAGAUAAAUCCAAAUGCACUUAAAGCAAAAACAUCACAAAGAAUAAUUGAGUUAGCGGAGCCAAAGGAGUUCUUUGACAAACACACCCGUCCUAAUGCCUACCGGGUAUCACCAAGAGCGCUCCGAGCUAGAAUGACGCCCCGCCUGAGGGAAUUGGCUAAACCAAAAGAAUACGCAGUUGGCUUUUAUCGGAGUUAAUUUGUUUUUAAAUGAAAGUGUGAAUCUAUGUUUGCCAAGUGUUUGAGAUAAAUUUUAAGUUUACACUUUUAUUAAAUAAAAACAGUUAAAUGCGAGCUCAUAUUCCAAAUAGUGCAUCUUGGCCGAAGGUCACUACAUUUAUCUCAUCGAAUAAUUGCGAUUUGAAAUGCAGUGACCGAUUGCCAAAUGUAAGUAUGGAAUUUGACCGCCGUAUAAAACAAAUUAGGACACUGUU